CCGUACGCUGCUGACGGUCGCUUUGGCGGCCAAGCCCUCGAGCGGCCUCGCCCGGCCCGACCCCCGAGUCCUGCUGAAAUGAUCACCAAAACUCAGAAAGUAGACCUGGAUGUUGGGCUUCCAGAGAAAAAGAAGAAGAAGAAGAAGGAGGUAGUCAAAGAACCAGAGACUCAAUACUCAGGUGUAAAUGAUAAGAAUUAUUUUGCUGAUAAUUCUGUGAGGACCACAUCCCACUCUAGGACUGUAAGCCAAGAGCAGAUGUCCCAUAUACCCUUGUUGAAGAAAAAAAAGAAGAAAAAGACAGGCCACAGCAACUUUUAUGAAGAACUCCCAGAAUCUGAGCCCACAUCACAAGCGAGACAGACAGAAAAGUCACCCAGCCCCAGGAAGCAGAAGAAGCCAGUCAGAAUUGAGGUUGUAGAGUACAUCCCACUAGGAGAUCACCCUAAAGCCAGAGUGAAGAAGAAAACAAAGGCUAAGAAAAAGGAAGAAAAUCCAGUUGUUGAGCUGGCUCAGAAAAGGAAGAAAAAGAAGAAGAAAGAGAGCACGGUAACAGUAGACCCCUUGGAGGAGGAGCCAGAUACAGACCUGGAGGUGGUGAUGGAGAAGAAAGGCAACAUGGACGAGGCACACAUAGACCAGGUGAGGCGAAAGGCCUUGCAGGAAGAGAUUGAUCGGGAGUCAGGCAAGACAGAAGCAUUUGAACCCAGGAAGUGGACGGGAACCCAGUUUGGCCAGUGGGAUACUGCAGAUUUUGAAAACAAGGAACAGAAACUGAAAUUUCUCAAACUUAUGGGUGGCUUUAAGAAUCUGUCCCCUUCCGUCAGCUGCUCCCCUUGCAUGACCACAAGGCCCAACAUGGCCCUUGGCAAGGUAGCAGCUGACACCCUGCAGCAGAAGUUGCAGCAGGACUACGACCGGGCCCAUUCAGUCCUCAAGCUGAGGACCCGAAGGCUACUUGUAUGA